CUUUACCAGCAGAGGCAGCAGGGCCGCCUGGCUCUAGCUGCUUGGUUUGAAGACUAAUUUAAUUUGCGUGUCUGAUUUUUCCUCUUCUUUGUAUCAGCCGUGUCUUACCCAAAACUUAUUUAGUUUAUUUAGUAGUAGUGGUGGUAGUAUAGUAUAGCAGUUGCAGCUACAUAGCCAUGGGAAGAGCUCCAUGUUGUGACAAAGCAAACGUGAAGAGAGGGCCAUGGUCUCCUGAAGAAGACGCUACUCUCAAGACCUACCUUCAGGCUCAUGGCACUGGCGGCAAUUGGAUUGCUUUGCCUAGAAAAGCUGGCCUAAGGCGAUGCGGGAAAAGUUGCCGUUUGAGAUGGCUCAAUUAUCUCAGGCCAGACAUCAAACAUGGCGGCUUUACCGAAGAGGAAGACCACAUUAUCUGUAAUCUCUACAACCAAAUGGGAAGCAGAUGGUCGGUCAUAGCUUCUCAACUACCCGGAAGAACAGACAACGACGUGAAGAACUAUUGGAACACCAAGUUAAAGAAGAAGCUUUUGGCCGGAAAAAUAAGCCUGACAACAAUCGGUCCUACUAAUGGCCAAUUAAUCCCUACUACUAACAAUUCCACUACUCUCCCUGGUUCAACAAUGUCAGUAUCCUCACUUCAAAUUCCUAAUUCAUGUGUCCCAAAAGUUGAAAUCUUUGAUCAUUCGUUUCCAAAUUCCGAAACUCAAAAUUCCGCCACAUUACGAAUGUUAAGCGAUAAUCCUGGAACUGUCUAUGAUCAGAGAUAUUUGCGUUCACAAUAUGAUCAAAAUCCUUUAUAUAGUAACCCGGGAUUCAUGAUGGAUUUUUCGGCUGAUGAAUUUGAUCAUGUGAGAGCCAAGAACAGUCACAUUACUAGUGAUAAUGUUUCGUUGUCCAAAGAAGGUUCAGGCACAAUUUCGGAUUCAUAUUUGCUGGCUCUAAGCGACAAUAAGCGUGCUUCGGUACUGCCUCAUAAUGGCUGCGACGAAUAUUAUGCCGGCCACGGGUCAACUUUGCUGGACUUUGGCUUUGGAUUGCCGUACGACAUUGUCGACGGAGUGUCGUUUGAAGGGAAAGCUAAUAGUGAUGACCACGUUGCUCCAACUUGUUGCAUAAGUUUAUCUGAUCUUGGUUUCGUCGAGAUUAGGCCACAGGCCGGACUGGAUCAAAGUAUUCUCAAUAAUUACUAAAGAAAUUAGGGGAAGAGAUCAAAGGAGAAAAAUAAGUCCGAGGAAACAUAAUCAUGAUGGAGCUAGAGAGGCACUUGAGUUGAGUACCUAUUAAUUUCUUUUUCUAAUUGGUCCAUUAGUGUAAUAUUUUGGAACUUUGGAUUUCUUUCAUAGAAUAGGAAAAUAUGAUGUCAAUUAACUCAAGUUUAUGUAAAUUAAUGACUAAGGUAUUAAUAAAAA